CGAAGGCGUUGCAAAGAUCUACUCGCGAUCGGAAUCUGCAUGGGACCUCUACUCGCUUUUUUUUUUCUCGGAUGAAAAACUAUUUGAGGUUUUUAAUUUGCGUUCCUGCUUGGAAAAUUAUAGAAAUGUAUCCUACCUGAAAAAGACAUUUGAAAGAGCGAACAUUCCGAUGUGAAAAUGGCGAGGAAAGCGCGGCAGACUCGAGGGUUGCACGAGCGAGGCGCUAAACUGCCGCAGCACGAGGCCAGAUUGCAGAUUGAGAGGUGCGUGACUUCACGAGCCAUGGCGUUCUCUGCUGGAUCAUUCCUUCUGGUUCCACCUCACAGCCCACGGAUCUCUUUCCAACAACUUUCCAGGUGCCGGCCGAACAUUGGUUCCUUCUGGAACAAGCAGAGCGCCAGAGAGGGCGGAGCCAGCGGGGAGGUGACGGACGUCUGCGCCAAUAGCAGCGCAGCAGGCUCAUCACCGCGCGUGCAAGGAAUGGCGGAGGGUCGGGUGGAGGGCCACUAAGCUGGCGUUACAAGAAAACAAAGGAGCAGGAAUCGGAGAAAGAUGAGAGAGCUGACCAGAGUGUCUGCCGCCAGAUAGGUAGAUGUCGUGAGUAGCGGGAGGGGGAGGAGUGGUGAUGCUCCUCGGGUAGGACUGGAGGAACCUGCCCAGGAUCCCUAUAAGCGGGAGGGCGUCGCUUCGGGGCAAAACUGAAAACAAGUUCGGUUCUGGGUCUCCUCCCGUGCAUCGAUACGCACAGUCGCACUUCAGCGAGCGCGCACCCAUUCGUCGCCUCAGCCCCCGGGUAGUCCACAGCCACAGUCUGGUUCCGGUGGUGGACUGGUGGACUGGCGUGUGAACUGUGAACUGUGAACUGCUGUAGCCGGUCACUUGUGUGUGAGGUGUGGACAGUCGGGUGCAUAGUGUAAACACGGGUACUGCCUUACUUUGGAUACCACGGUGCGCCGAGUGUGGAGCCGGUGAUGCGACCAGGAGAGCCGCCAGGCUCGUGUUGCCAGACACAGGAGACGAGAGAAUCAGUCGGAGCUUAAUAGACAAGUAGAUAAGACAUACCAGGGAAUCAAACAAACGAUAGAAGAAAAUAAUAUACAGGAUACAAGAGAAUCAGACACAGGAUACAAGGGAAUCAGACACAGGAUACAAGUAACAAUUUUGUUUUAUUUGUCUUGUAAUCAAGACACUACAGUGCUUACAUUUGUUGUCCUAGGAAUCCUCCUCCUGAAUGACCAGUUGUUGACUGUUGACUGUCCUGUCUGUUGACCACUGGGGACAAGUCAGCGGAACAGACUGCGGUUACAACUAACACAGGAAGACAAGCCAUCGAACACUGGAGUUGCCAACGAAUUGUAAGAAAGUGUAACCAGGACACAAGUGAAGGAUACCCGCCAGUAAGCACUGCUCACAAGGGUACUGAACUGUCACAACAUCAAAGCGGGUAUGUAACGGACACAACACCCGUAGUGAAGUCCUAACAACGCCCUCUGCUGGCAGCUACCACAGCUCCCUAUUUUUUUAUUUUCCCUGAGAACUGUGGGACUCGAACCUCAUCACCCUGGAGCCUAUCGCCACGGCCGCUUCCAUCUUGCAGAACAACAUCUCCCUGGAGUACGGCGCCUCACUCAUGGAGCACCAGACUUACGGGGAGGUGAACCAGCUGGGCGGGGUCUUCGUCAACGGUCGACCCCUCCCCAACGCCAUCCGCCUGCGCAUCGUGGAGCUGGCGCAGCUGGGGGUGCGGCCAUGUGACAUUUCCCGCCAGCUGCGCGUGUCGCACGGCUGCGUCAGCAAGAUCCUGGCCCGCUACAACGAGACGGGCUCCAUCCUGCCGGGGGCCAUCGGGGGCUCCAAGCCGCGCGUCACCACGCCCAACGUCGUCAAGCACAUCAAGUCGUACAAGGAGCGGGAUCCCGGGAUCUUCGCCUGGGAGAUCCGAGACAAGCUCCUGUCUGACGGCAUCUGCGACAAGUACAACGUGCCCUCCGUCAGCUCCAUCAGCAGGAUCCUGCGCAACAAGAUCGGGAAGCGGCAGCAGCAGCCCCUCCCAGUCCCAGCAGAUCGAUCUCAAGUCUCAUAUGGGUAUGGUGGGCCCCAACCCGGUGCUCCGGGGCCCUCGCUGUACAAUCAGUUCUACCCGUACUCGUGCCCGGCGGCUCCUCCCAUGCCGUCCCCCAUGUCUCCGUCACAGAUGGUACCCCACCCCCAUCAUCCUGGCCACCCGCAUCACCACCCUCCUCACCCGCAGCACCAAGCACCCAUGGGUCCCGGUAUCCCAGGCAUGACCGGUCUGCAGGGCAAGAACCCGGGUGGAGGCUCCACCUGCAUGGUGCGCGCCUGGCCCUCCUCCCACUCCGUCCAUGACCUGUUGGCCUUCCGCGCCCCGCAGUCCAUGGGUCAGCACAUGCCCGUGACCCCGGAGUCCAUCAACGCCGCGGCCGGCAUCGGUCACCACCACCAUCACCACAACCCGCACUACAACAUGUCCAACUACUACAUGAAGCCGCCCAUGUCGCCCAUGUACCUCCAGAGCUGAGGUCACGCUCUUACCGGCCCUGUCGGCCUUGACCCGCGGCUGGCCUGACGAGAGUCCUUGACCUUAGCUGCGACUAGAGAACGCCAAGCAGGUCGUCCGGAGAUCGGAGAGUGAACAGGAUAGCGAGGACCCUGGCGACUGAGCUGCAGGAUGGCGGGACAGUUCCGGACAUCGUCGUCCUCACCUCGGGCAGAAGUCAUUGAUUGCAGAAACCUUGUAGCAGCUGUUCCUCCAUCGCACGUUCCUGAGAUGAAAGUCGCCGCCUGAUGAUCAGCGAGGAGGCAGGUGUGAGGAGUACGUCCUGCCCGAGCGGCUCUAGACGAGGGCCUGGCGAGGACGCUGCUUGUGUCAAGGGAUGGUUUAGUCACGUGGUAGGCAGUCACGUGGUCAGUGUCGUGACAAGUGUGACCGCUGGAACAACUAUCGUGAUAAGUGUGACCACUGAAGUCAGGACAAACUGUAACAGCUGGGACAACAGUCACGGACAGAGUGUGAUGGCGGGAACAGUUGUCGUGGGCAGGUGGCUGUGGCCGCUGUUACAACAGUCGUGGACGACGACAGCUUUGACAAUUGUCGUGGACAAUGCUAGCGUGACAACUGUCGUGAAUCAGUGAUCAAGCACUCGGACGAUUGCCUCGGAUUAUGGUCUACAGCAUUUUAAUCAAAUGAUAGAUAUGCGUGUGACUCCAGUGUGUGCACCUGAGUGCGUGCGUGUGUGUGUUAUGCGCAUAUGUGUGUGUGAGAGAGAGAGAGUGAGAGCGAGAGCGAGAUUGAAAGAAAAAGAACAAAAGCAAUUGAUUUCUCACAUCUCUCCCUGUGUGUUCAACUGUCCACAAAGCCGACAUGAUGCUGAUGCAGUUGUCGGGAAGCAGCGAUAGUCCUGCAUCGUCGCCCUGUAUCGUUGCCGUGUGUAUACAUCCGCGUGGACUUCUUUCUUCCUCUUUACACGUGUGUCACGUGCCUCCACCACCCGACCAACUAGUCCCGAGGUUGUGUAGCGGUGUCCUGCCCACUGACUUCACAACUCUCAAGUGUAGCUAGUGUAUCCGUGCAUCACGCAGUGCACGUUGCCAUGGACCUCUCGGCGUUGCCAGGUAACGUGUUGCUGACGUCACCAUGCAGGUCACACUUCUGAUCUUGACUUUUUCUGCGUGACGCGUUCAUUCACGCGUGUCCGAACUGAUGGAAGCUUUCGUCACUGCAUGGAGAACUCGGUGAAAGAAACAACAACAUUGAACUCGGUUUGUGGAGACUGAAGGGUGGGCAGGGCGGGUGGUUGUUGCUGGUUGGUCCGGUCGGGAGGGGAACUCUGAAUUCUGAAGGAUGAACGAACGUUUAAAUGAUUCGUACGAAAGUUGGGUAAAAUAUGUGUGACGACAGUUGUCGUUUAGGUGCCAGCUUUCGUUGCCAUGGCAACACGAGGCUGCAAUAAGCAGAAACGAUGUGAUGGCGACAUCUUGCAUCAUUGUCGUUCUUCACCCGAUCCCCUUCCCUCCCCCCCUGUCCCUGUUUUCUUAUUAGCGUGUGUGUUUACAGUAAACAAGCAGACGAUGCCGUCCAGGUGAGUCAACUGACGAAAGCCGCCGUGAAUUGUCUCCCCUACAACGAAAUGUCGGCCGACACCGAGUUUGUGUGUUUUGUGUCCUGACCGACAUAAGUUCCCCACGUGCCUUAUGUCUGACAUUACCUAGUCCCUCCGUGACUUGUCUUGACCGACACGAUUCCCCGAUGUGCCUUACGUCUGACAAUACAUAUUCCCCAUUCCCCUGAUGUCUUGACGGAUUCCCCGGAGCUUCCUGUUGCAUCGCGUGCACUCACGCACGUCACUCGUCCUGAGUGUGGUGACGUGACGGUUGUCAUCAGCGAUGUCUGCCUUGUCAAUAAAUUUCGUUGUGUAUGACUGUUUGAUA